AAGCCUCAGUGGGACGAGUUUGCCCGGAGCGUUUUUGGCGUUUCUUAACCUUUUUGCGCCGGGGCCAUAUUUACACCAGCGUAACGAGCUAACAUCAGAGAGUGGUGUGAAGCACCCUUUCUGCCCUGCUCACCAUCUUUCGGCGUUCGCUGAUGCUUAUUGCGCCCGCGAUGAUGACCGGGACGGACGAACGAACGAGUGAGGCGAGCGAACAAGCAGACAGCAGAGCUAAGUCACUCGAGAGGCGUGUGCGGCGUGCGACCAACAAUACUUGCUACCCACUUUGGUACGACGGACGCUGUGUAGUCGUUGACUGCGAGGGUGGGUUGUGCGCUCGAGGCCAUGUGCUGGUAUGUAUCAUGACAACGACCAUCACCACCCAACAUCAGCACCACCACCAUCAUGAGCAUCAGCACCACCACCACCACCACCACCACCAUCGCCAUCGCCAUCGACGGUGCUCCGCUGCCCAUGUGCGCCUCUGUUCCUGUCGUCCACACUCAAUCUCAUAUCCCUAAUAUGGCCAUCCGUCGAAUGGUGAUCGAUUGCCUUUGCCCUGAAUCGUUCCUUGAGAGUCAUUAUAUGUACAUAAUUACAUUACUGCCACCACCACCACACUACAGAGACUAUCACUACAGCCACUAAGAUCCCAAUUGCGAUUCCCACCCUCCACUCGAACCCCGUUUGC